AUGCGUAAAGAUUCCAUUGCAGAGCCCUUCUAUGGCUUGGUUGGGGAAGUAUUUGAGCUUAAAGGAGGUAAUUAAAUUCCGCCUAUCAUUGUGCAAACUAAGAAAGUCGUGCCCGAUAGCCCGGGGCUAGUGGAUUUUGCUAUCGGGCUAGUGAUUUUUUGGGGGAAAUUCAAAUAAUCAAUCCUGCUAAUCAAAAAGGGUUUUAGGGCUAGCUGAAAUGACUUGUGGGCUAGUAAAUGCUAGCAACAGCUUGCCUGAAUGGCAGGCUGUAAAACUGACUUUAUUUGCACCCUGGUCUAUACAAGAGAUACAAAAGAUACAAGAAAAAACAUUUUUAGAAAACGUUUAUCAUAGAAGAAUGAUUUGCUGCAAAACAUUGUAUAGAAAUUGAAGCAUCCAACACAAAAUAAAAAUAUACCAAAAUUUCAGGUGAAUGACAGAUAAAUAUAAUAAAACAGCUUUGUUUUGACAAGUGUGAUUAUGAUUUACUUAAUAACAAUGUUCUUUUUUGCAAAGUAAAUUAUUAUUAUGUGGAAAAUAGAUAAGCACUCAUUAAGGAGAGAGUAGUUGGAUUUAAAAACAGGGAUUUCUUUGACCAAAAGGACCAAACAAGCUUUCUUUAAGCUUGAAAAACUGAAGUCAUAUAAAUAAUUUGUAAGCUAUAUGUGUACCACAUAAACUUCCAGCCCUGAUGUUGUACAGAAGUUAGGUUGCUGGUUGCUGGUUGGAGGUUUAGUUGGGAUUAGUGUUUUUUUCUUUUAAUUAGCGCUUUUACUUGUCUGACACAAACUGAAAUUAUUUGCACACACAAUAAAAUUGAAGAAUACAUUAAUUCUAAAUUUAUCUGUUUUAGUUUUCAAGUGGAUGAGAAGAACCUUGAUAGCAUUUGUUCAGGUUACAUUUGGAGGUACCAUUAACAAGUAAGGCUACUGACAGCAGCUGAUUAUGAUACAGAAACCUUUAUACUGUAGCUUAUUCUUUGGAAACGGGUCAUUAUGUUACCCAACAUUACAGCUGGUUGGAUGGUGUUUGUGAAACCAUAAUGCCUUGGAAUGGUCUCACUAAAAAAAAGAAAGCUUAACGCAUCAACUAACAAUAAAAUUGACCUGAUCUUUUCACAGGGAUUCAUGUAAUUGUUAACUAUGUCAAGCCAGAUCAUGGUAAAUGGAAGGAACUGAUGAAUCCUUUCCCAGGGUAAAUCCGUCGGUUCCUUUGAUGUGCUAUGAUCCUAUCUGAUCUUUGGAUCACUGAUCCUGAUCCAGAUCAUCCCAAUGGAAUGCACUCAUGACAAGGAUCCAUGUUACACCCAGCAUAUUUGGAGAAUCUGUUUGAACAGGUUCUUAGAGUCACUGACUACAGACUUUUCUGAGAACACCAGUAAUACAAGAUAUGAUUGUCACUACCAGUGGGUCCUGAUGUCCUUCUGGAUAUUAUCACUCUAAUGGGAUGAUUGUUUCCAUUGUCAGAGAAAUUCAUUGUAUGGUUGAGUGGUUGGUGUCGGAAUCAAUGGUGAUUUACUACAUUCACUUGUUUCGUGACUCCACAUGGCCAGGAGGGGAACUGGCCAAACCUGCUGCACUUCGCACUGAAGCAGUAAGUAUUGACUCUGUUUAUCAAUAGCUCCUAGAUUUUGAAAUAUUUAUUAACAACCUCAUUCCCAGGAUUUUUUCCAGUACUUACAGAAAAGGGGACUGUAAUCCUUUCUAAAGAGAGUUGACCAUACACUGAGAAGACCUGCCAGAAAGCUAGUAGCAGCCAAUUAAUUGGGACUGACCACACAACAUGAAGGCAAACUGCAUUUAAAAAUUGACAAUUAAAAAAAAUUCAAAAUUCAAAAGUUAAACAGAUUUGUAUGGGCAACUAACAAGUAGCCGCUUUGUUUUUAGGAAAAAAUUGAAAGUCGAAAAAGAGCCAAGCAAAAACUACUAAAGAACAUUCCAGGUAAGCUGCGGAUAUGAAUCAGUAUUUUUAUUUGGUGACAAACUUUAAGACAAUCCACCUUUGAACAACCCACCCAGUGAAUUUUCCUUUUUAUCUUCAGAAGUUCUUCAGAAUCUGGUGGGGAAGAAAAACAGUAAAGUUGGAGCUCAAAAGGUAUUAAUAUUAAUUUCUGGUUACAUGUAUGAACACAGUCAAAGGGAAUGGAACUUAAAUGUGUCAGUUCGGGUCCUUUGAUGCUUAUGGUUACCAGCAAACAGAGCAUAGGAGUCGUCAUGCUAACAAAACCUGGAUUUACGCUAAUGUCAUUUCGAAGAACUCGACCCAGUAUUUGCACUGAUGAAAGGCUUCUCCUGAAAAGUUAUUAAUCGGGGGAGGGGGGGGGGGUGGCUGGCCUCUCAGUACCCCUACCCUAUUAUAGUCUAUUCUGUGGCCGAAUAUAGAUCCCAUCGUAGUCACUUUUGGGAAAAUGUUAUUUUCGCGAUCCCAACUUAAUACCUUUCUGGUACUUAUUUUAAACUAGGUCAUCCUGAAAUGAGUUGACACCUUGGUUAAACUUACUGAAGUAAAAAUCUUCCCAUUUUAAAAUCCCUACCUGCCUGAAUUUCCUGAUCCCCAAAUCCCGAAAAUGCGCAAUCCCAUUCUAGUAGCUCUUAUGAAAAUGCGACCUCAUUAUAGUCAAUCCAGCCGUGAAAAUGCGACCCCAUCCAGCGGCACAUCCCCAUUAACCUAUGCUGGGACCCCCCUGGGGGCUUUAUACUGAACUGUAUUGAGGUUUUCUAUUCUUUUUGUAGGUUUUUGAGGCAUUUCAGGACAUCAGAGUCACAAAACAUCUUUUUUAUGUGAGUGUCUUGUUUAGUGGGGUGGAUGAUAAUACUAAUUUUUGCUUAUUAAGAAAGAAAGAGAAAGUAUGGCAUAACUUCGCAUCUAUUUCUUAAUCUUUUGCACCCUCUUAUAAUUUAUUUCUAGAGCUAAUCAGGGAUCCACCUGAAAGCGCUUUACUGGCCCCCGAUGGUUUCAAUGGCCAAGAUCUUCUGAACAAACGUACCUUAUUGUAGCCUCCCACGCAGACGUUCUUAGGGGUUCGUCACGCGUUCCUCCCCCCCUGUUCGUGGGGCAGGAACGCACGACGAACCCUGAAGAACGUCUGCGUGGGAGGGUAAAAAAAAUUGCAAAAUUUAAGACCAGCGAAUAAAAAUCCUCGCGAAAUUUAUUUAAAACGCAGGAAAUUUAAUACCCAUAUGGAAAAUUCUAAUAAUUGUGGGUGACAUGACUCUGGUUUCGGGUGACAUAGCUUUGAGCGAGAUGACUUUGGGGCGACUUGACCGUUAACCUGCCUUACGGAGGUGGCUGCUUAAGAGAGCCAAACUGCAGGAGGUAUUUUACGAGGAAAAGCUCGGAAACAUGUACUUUUUGAUGAGAAUGUAUUGCAAUUUACUAUUUUUAGGUUACACUAUAUGUAAAUCCAUGUUGUUUCUAAAAGUUCUUCUCAUACUCCAAGAAGCGUAGUACAAACAGCGAACACAAAGAUCAGACCACUGUAUCGGGCCGUCGCUUCACGGAUGGGGUUAAAAGCAAUGGAAAAUUCUAAAGCCGUCAUACUUGAAGUGGUCGCAGUCGCUUACGAGAGAUGGUCGCACUUGGAGGAAUGGCUGUAGUUAGUCCUUAAACAUGGUUUCUUAUUAUUGCAGGUUCUUUUUGAACUCAUAUUAUUCACCCUCUGUCCUGAAGUCGUAUCAGAGGAAGUGAAG